AUGAAGAAUAACAGUGAAAAAGAACAAUUAGAACUUUUAAAAAAGAAUACUAAACUUAAAUUGGAAGCAUCUAAAUAUCAAACUGCACCUGGUGAUGCAACACAUAUUCGGAUGAAUGAUGAUGAUAAACGCCACGUUGUUCAACUUAUAAAAUAUAUUUCAUCGUUACGGGACACAUUGAGGAGUUACAUCUCAUCAUUAAAAUGGGAAAUUGAAAUGGAUAUUGACCAAAUUAACAACCUUAUGAAAGAAUAUGAGACAAAAAAAAAUUAUAAUAUACAAUAUCGAAUAAAAUUAAAUCAAACGUAA